AAUUCUGUUGGACAUGGAGAUGUUCAUUGAUCUUCAAUCCAGUGUUCAGAGAAUUGGUUACAAAAACUGAUCCAUGAACUAUUGUUUAGCUCAACUUGUUCAGAUGAGCAAGAUCAACUGUGCAUGUUGUGAUUCGAUGGAAUACUAGAACAAAUCAAACAUGUGCACUUAUUGAACAGACAGUAGCCAGUAGUGACUUAGCACUCUUCUAAACAGUAAACACUGACUGAGCAUCACGGGUGCCGAUUAGGUUUCCAGGUUUCCGGACAUUUUGGAUUCAAAGGAAAAGUCAUGAACACAUGCCCAUACACAAACACACAGCAAGAUAGAUAGAGAGAGAGAGAGAGAGGACAAGUGUCUCAUUAAAUGCAAAUAUACCUCAUGCAAUGAGACAACAUAACUCUCUGUAAGGACGUGAUGGAGAACAAAAUUCCAUUAUAACAAUAACCAAGAUUGACAGGGACUUUGAAACGGGAGACUCUGUUUUCAUCCAAUUCUUCCUAGUUUCAACGGUAAAGAAACCUUUUGAUUGUAAAAUUCCAAAUUGGUCACCUCGUUUUUCUGUAAUAGCAUCCCAGCCAAGAGGACAUAUGACGUGGUGGAUUUAUAGGAUAUUUCAGUCAUUUCGGCUUAUGAGCCUAUGGUGUGUAUUCUCUGGAACCUUACCUUUUUCUACCCUGUUGAUAGUAUAUAAUGUAAUAUGGGUUCCUUCAGAAGGACCACUCAGGAGUCAGGCCCUUAAGGCUCUUCUUCUAGUCCUCUGGGUUCUCUCUCUCUCUCUCUCCACCAGAAUGAAUAAGCUUACGUUGCCGGAUUCUGAUGCCAUGACCAGUAAGCCGACGACACAACUUGGAGCUGAAUGCUGGUUCGAUGAUGCAUGUAUCUUGGAUAUGGACUACUUCGUUAAGACCCUGUCUAGCAUUAAGGCCAAAGGGGUACGUCCAGACCUCAUCGGUUCAAUCAUAGCCCACCAUGCUUCUAAGUGGCUCCCUGAUUUGUCGGGCGAUGCAGUGAACAGGGUUCUCACUCAUUUGGAGGAAUCGCCAGGGAGUGUCACAUCCUUAUGGAUGAAGAAGAGAUUCUUCAUCGAGACUCUCGUCGGAAUUCUCCCACCAGAGAAAGACUCUGUUCCAUGCAAUUUCCUGCUGCGACUCCUCCGCACAGGCAACAUGGUCGGAGUUGAACCAGCUUAUCGAGCCGAGCUUGAGAAAAGGAUAGCAUGCCAGCUUGACCAAGCGUCCCUCAAGGAGAUCAUGAUUCCAGCCUUUAGUCACACAUGUGGGACCUUGCUAGAUGUUGAGCUCGUUCUCCGGGUGGUUAAGAGGUUCAUCAAUUUGGAUCAUACGGCCAAGAGUGGAGCUGCUUUAUCCAAGGUGGCGAAGCUUGUUGACAGCUACCUUGCAGAAGCUUCUCUGGAUGCCAAUUUGACAUUGCCUCACUUCGUUGCUCUUGCUGGAGCUUUCCCCAGCCAUGCCCGUGCCAUGGAUGAUGGGUUGUAUCGAGCUAUCGACACCUAUCUGAAAGCACACCCAGGCCUGUCGAAGCAAGAAAGGAAGAGUCUUUGUGGAUUAAUUGACAGCCGAAAACUAUCUGCAGAGGCAUCACUCCAUGCUGCACAUAAUGAGCGCUUGCCUGUCCGGGCUGUAAUCCAAGUGCUCUUCUCCAAACAUGUCAACCUCAACAAUCAGCUUGAUUGGAGUGGUUCACUUAGUGAAUCACGAAGUCCAAAUCCUGUGGCUGAGCCUCCAGUGCGGUGUAUGUCAAAACGCGAAAUGACAAUUCAGCAGAGUGAGAUAAAGAGAUUGCGUGAGGAUGUUCUUAGGCUUCAAAGGCAAUGCAACUCCAUGCAAUCACAGAUAGAUAGGCUUAUGGAAAAGAAGAAGAGCUUCUUUAAAUGGAGGAAGCUAGGAGGGCCUUUAUUCAAACCUCUCAGUGUGGGGGAUAGGGUUGAGGAGGCUGAGGGAGAACACCUCGGGUUUGGGCGUCAAACACCUAUGGAUAUGAAGACAAAACUGGUGCAAGGAAGAACCCCUCCCAAGUGGAGGAAAUCCAUGUCUUGAAGGACAGACGGCUUGGAAAAAGACCAUUCAAUCUAACCUGCUAAUUAUGCUGAUGUUAGUUGGUUAGUUUAUCUUUGUUUAUUUGUUUCCUAUAUUUUGCUCUCUGUAAUUUGCUCAAUGAAAUAGAUAAACUAAAUUGCAAUUAUAAUCCCGUUUAUGCUAUGGAAAGUGUUAGAGCAGGCCAGCUUUCUUGA